AUGGCUGUCCUCAUCGCGGAGCUCAUCCUCAGAUUCACAGGUCAGUCCAGUCAACGAACCCAGCCCAGCUCGGGGUAUCUGUAUCUCCCAGCCCUGGAAAGCUUGAAUCUGGCGACGGCGACGGUGGGGCGCGACUUGCAAGAGUCCAACCAAUUUUUGUACAAGUGUGCUCUUUAUUUUAUUCAGCUUAUCUGUGCUGCACCGUGGACUACAAUGUGCAUGAAGGCAGACUAUACCACUCCUGUUGAUUCUGUUGCCACCUCGGAGCAAACAGGUGGCGAAACUGAAGCCACCUCGGAGCAAACAGGUGACGAAACUGAAGAGCCAGCCAUUGUACCACCUGCUAAUGAGUAUACAGUGCAGGAGGCUGCUCCUCAACAGAAGUGUGCAAAGAUACACGACUUUUGCCUAGGGAUACCUUUUGGUGGAUUUUUAUUCUCCAUGGGCCUUGUUGGAUUUCUGUUUUGGAGGAGCCCUGCAAGUCUUACUUUUGGUGUUGCACCUGGCCUUGCUAUAUUGGCCCUUGCUGUACUUAGCCUUAAGGUCUGGAGGAGUGGAAAGUCCAGUUUACCGUUCAUACUGGCGCAAGCAGGCAUUGCCGCUGCGGUAGCAUGGAAGCAUUGCCAGGCAUACACCACUACGAGGAAGCUGCUUCCGUGGGGCUUCUAUGUCGCACUGAGUGCUUCAAUGAUCUGCUUCUACUCCUAUGUUGUUCUUGCUGGAGGGAAUCCACCUCCUAAGAAGGCAAAGGCUGCUGCUUGA